UGAAAAACGAAUCCCUGCGUAUUAGUCCAUCCGCAGCCCAAAAAUGAGGCCCAAAUGAGAACCCAAACUCCAUAAAACCCUAAUUUAUCAGUCAUCAACAUUCUAGCUGUCGUCGUCCUCGCUCCGAUCAAAGCUGUUGCUUGUGUGGUGCGAAGAUGAUGCGUAAAGGAGGAGCAGCGGGAGGGAAGAAGAAAACGGCGACGUUCGUGAUCGAUUGCGGGAAGCCGGUGGAGGAUAAGAUUAUGGAAAUCGCCUCACUGGAGAAGUUCCUCCAGGAGCGCAUCAAGGUCGGCGGCAAGCCCGGUUCUCUCGGCGACUCCGUCACCGUCAUCCGUGACAAGGCGAAGAUCUCAGUCACCGCCACCGAUGCUACCACCUUCUCCAAAAGGUACCUCAAGUAUUUGACGAAAAAAUAUCUAAAGAAGAACAAUGUGCGUGACUGGCUGCGGGUGAUAGCUUCCGACAAGGACCGAAAUGUCUAUGAAUUAAGAUAUUUCAACAUCGCCGAGAAUGAGGCUGAGGAGGAGGAUUAAUUGCUGUGUUAGGCUUAACCCUCGCAUUUUAUCGUUUUUUAAUGUCUGGACCGUUCUCCUUUUUUUGGUUAAAAAAGUUUAUUCCUAUAA